AUGUCAGUGCGUGGGCCGAUGCGGCGGUCGCAUUUGAGGCAAGUGAGUGCGGCAAGCUUGGAGAGCACCUCCUCCGCCCACUCACAAGAGGCCCAACAUGACCAGACCACAGAUGAUAGGACAGUGAGACUUUCGUCCACAAGUUGGACACGGCACCAAUGUGCAAUGUGGGUGCACGAUGAGAUGUUUUCGCGCGAAGAGAUUUUGUUGAACCCGUCGGCUUUCGGCGAAACUGAUGUGCAGAUUGGGGAUGUUGUGGAGAUUUUGCCCAUGCGGGUAGCUGGGGAUACCGGCUAUUCCAAUUUAAAACCAGAGGCAGCUUCGAAGUCGGGCCGUGAGGCUCACGUUGAGAAGAACCCGACCUCUCAGUCGGAUGCUACCUCCAAAUUCAAAACACCACUGCAGAACCGAUGUCUUUUUGUGGUGAAAGCCCUCCCGCCAGAAAUCAAGGCGCGACACCCCCAACUGGAAAUCUCGGUGACUAACAACGUCGCGAAUAUCUUUGGCUUCAAGAACAGGACGCAGGUCCUAUUGUCAAUUGUGGAUCGAGACCAAUGUGGAGCAUCUCAUGUCGAUAUCGCGUUCCGCGAUCAGUACAUGGUCCGUUCCGAUAUGUGGAGAUUGGUCAUGUCGGAGCUGGUGGACAAGAUUAUCUACAAAGGACAAAAGAUCAUGUUCAUGGGAAGCAUCAAGGCGACAGUCAAGAACAUCUUUAUUAGGGAAAAAAAGUGCCUCUCGGGGUACUUUUCACCGCGAACGAUCCCAAUUUUUCGCAGCGAGUCUGCCAAGUAUGUGCUUUUCAUCCAGAUGUCAAAAGAGAUGUGGGACUUCGAUUCCGAAGGGACUGGGGAUAUUCUUUUCAGUCGCGUCAUCAAUGGCUUCCUGCCGGAGCUUUUCAAGAGAUGGCUCAAUUCCGACGCAAAGCACUUGGUGACAAUCGUUCUCUUCACUCGUGUUGAAUAUGAUACGGCUGUGAACCUGACUCAACCCAAUAUUAGUGCUGGUAACUUCAACAGCACCACAGGGCCAAACAAAGUUCCGACCCGAGAUUUCUAUCGUGUGGUCGUGAAUGAUAUGGCGAGUGGUCAUUGGACGACCAUCCUUGAUGAAUUGAAAAGGGAAUUCAGAUGCUUUUUGCGAGAUGUCUCAAUACUCAAGAGCGAUGACAUUGAUGCUGCAUCCGGCAGUGGUAUCAAGAUCCCUUCCAAGCCACACAUGGCUACAAUUGCUGGACGGCCUAGCUCAGCUUUACGGGGAAACAUCUUAGAGGCCAUCCAUCUCGCCUCGGCUCACCUGGCUUUUGACCACAUUGAUCGAGAUAUGGUUCACACUGGUACCUCGAUUAUUGUCAUCACCCCCGGUAGUGGUGUCUUUGAAGUCUCUUAUGAGUCUUUGGCCUCUACAACAGAAGCACUGGCGAAUCGGGGCAUAGCAAUUGACCUGGUUUGCUUGAGCCCAAUGCCUCUCCACUCUGUGCCUCUGUUCAAGUACCAAGAACCCGUCGAUCGACAGUCUGGUGCUGGUGGACCCGGCGAAUCUCGCAUGAACAGAGUCUCUCCUGAGAUACACCACUCUCUGUCGAGUGUUGUGAGCAGAUCCUCAUAUCUUUCCCCCAGCUCAUAUCUGUCGGCGACCAGGAUAAGGGAACGCACCAGUCCUCAAUCCAAGGAGUGGAGCUAUGGUAUACCCCACUGGCUCGAUAUUUCUUAUUGGAACCCUGAAACGUAUCGCGAGGCCCGGCGUAUCUUGAAAAAAGAUCCAAAUGCACCAAUAUCUUCCACUGUCACUCGACCAUCUAAAGCGUUCACACCGCGCGUUCGCAUGUAUGAGAUUCAAAUGAUGGGAGUUAUGGAGAGUGAACAGUCGAACAUCUCCAUUCCUUAUCUCACCGAAGGCCGCGGUGGAGCAAGAGCUCGUGGCUCAUGGCCUGGAUACAAUUCAACUAACCGUGCGCCUCCUGCAACACGUUCCGCAAAUCCAUCGUCUUUAAAGGCACAACUCAGCGAUAGUUUGCGCCCAGGAUCUUUCAUACAAAACGCCUCAGACUAUAAUGGAUCACACCCUCAGAAUGCUCCGACUUCACGAAAGUCCGUGAUGGCCUGGAUGGAUCAAUACGACGAGGGUCUGUUUGCUGUCUCCCCGAAACGACACCAGACUCGCCGAACUUCGAAGCCAAAGCGUCCCAGUGAAACCGAAGUCCAAGCUGCUGGUGCCGGCGUACACGAGCGACUGUCCGCACGCUCAAUAAUGCGUCUCCGCGACCAUGAAACGAACCCAGCUGAGGGAAAUGACUCUUUCCACCAUGGGCCACGAAGGAUUGAUUCAAAUAUGAUGACACCCAAAAUCCAAGGCCCGACGAAGAGUGCUUCGCCUGUCAAGCCAGCAUUGAAAAAGGCGCCGGCUCCAAUGUCGUCUCGAAUAUCUAGGACCAUCAGUUUUGCACUUCGAGGCUUGAGUGCCACGCCAACUAAAGCCCUGGCAAGUACGGGAGUCAAUGUGGAGCACGCAAGUGCUUUGCCUAUGACAAACCAGACAACUCCAGUUGGUUCCACUUCCGACGCCAAAAGCAUCGCUUCUUUGAGCCCCUCAGAGUCAACGUCAAUUGUUACUGCGCUCGAGCUACCGUCGACACCUUCCACGCCCACCAAAUCUCAAACUGCAUCGAAGCCGAUAUCUAUCAAAAUUCCCCCAAAGAACCCCCCAAAGGAAUCAGAGCAACCAGAGCGCACAGGAGAGCGUGGAUCAUUGUCUUCCUCUGCGGUAGAGACAACAGCACGCGGAGGGGCUCGGCAUCAGGACGCUGGGCGUGCAAAUGAUCAUAAAAUCGAAAUCACACUCAACCAUAGCCCACACGAGCCGCUUUCACGGGAUUCCCCAAGCAAAGCAUUGUCUCCGUGGGUUCGAUCAGUGAACCCAUGUAACACUCCUAAAGAUGUCCUGCGAGACACCAGUUGGUUUGGCCGCUGGCAGCACGCUUAUCCUCGACCUCCACAUGUGGCUGUGGUCAAAUGGAAAAGUUUGAAGUCGCCGGCCGUGCUUCCAUUGACAACCGAAGAAAUCCCGACUGCUAGUGUGCUUGCUUCGGAUUACUUGCAGACACCGUAUCGGGUCUUUCCGAAUGAGGAUAUGGAAGGAAUCGAGGCUCCCAAAACACGAGGCGUCCUUCUACGAGAAAUGAUAUCCUUGCGGCUUUCUCAUGGCUUCCAAAUCAUCGUUGGAAAACGCGUGGCUGAGGUUUCAGCACAGCCUGCUCUCGAAUCGCUGAAUGUCUUUGAUUUCCGUGGGCUUGAUCGUGAUGGAAUCACCGUAUUCCUGUCCAAAGGCAACACUAUUCAUCGACUAAUGUGCGUAGUAGGAGGAGAGGUUGAAGUGACACGCUUUACGCAUCAGAAUUCUGCGAUGCCCACCUAUCCGACCAAGUCUAGCUUCACUCUUUACCAACCAGCCAUGAAGACGAUCCUGAGCCGGGAGUAUGAAAUCAAAGACAUCAAAUUGGAUCCCACUUCUGAGGAGUACAAUUGGAAUUAUGCCGACAACUAUGUGGCUGGUCACCGAGAUUAUCUCCAAAACCCGGCACAGCAGUUGCAUUUCUGGCGAGUCCGUUACGUCUUGAUCCCACUUCAGCUUCAUCCCAGUUCUCGGCCUCAUCUACACUCUUUCAGUGAGGACAACGAAGAAGAAAUUCAUCUGCUGGGGAUCAGCCAGUUGACCCAUAUUUGGCAACGCUACAAAUACGUCUCGCCUGAAGAGAAGCUCUUUGAGACAUCAAACCCGAAGAGAGAUCAGAACCCAUUGAACAUAAUGUACCAAACACGCAACCCUUCGGAGAUUGUUACAGCAGAACUAGACCGUUUGCUACUCACUGAUCCAGGGCUUGACAAUGCACCUGCUCAGCUCUUGCCCGAGUCUGAACUGUUGGACAGAUCCAACAUUAGCCUCUCCUCAUUGGCACAGACCAUCCAAGGCGAAAAGGGAGUUCGGAUGAUGGACAGAAGAUGGCAUUGGCGACUGCACUAUAACUGCUUCAUCGGGUUUGAAUUCACAACUUGGCUGAUGCAGAACUUCCGAGACAUUGACACUCGUGAAGAAGCGGUAAAAUUCGGCAAUGAGUUGAUGAUGAAGCAUGGCCUGUUCCAACACGUUGAGAAGAGACACAAUUUCCGCGAUGGAAACUACUUCUACCAGGUCUGUGCCGAGUAUCGAGUCACGCGCCCAGAAUCGCGAGGAAGCUGGUUCCCCCAACUCAGACCGGAUAAGUCGAUGCCAUCUACACCCGCCAUCGGAACUUCAAAGGAGUCACCUGCUAGUAUGAAGGCUCGAUCAGACAGCAUUGACGAUCGCACCCCGCAGACUCCCAAUACUCCUUCCAAGGCCAAGAACAAGGUUGCUAUCAUGCUGUCAAAGACAAUGAAGUAUGAUGUGGAUCCACGCAAGCGAUCAAACCGACCGGAAGUGAUAGACCUUCACUAUGACCGGCUCCACAACCCCGAGAAUUGUUUCCACAUUGAGCUCAGCUGGAUGAGUACAACUCCGAAGUUGAUUGAAGAUGCUGUCCUUUCAUGGGCAUCCACUGCGGAGAAGUUCGGCUUGAAAUUGGUACAGGUACCUAUCUCCGAGGGCUGCGCAAUUGACAAGACUCAACCAUUCCGCAAGCCAUACAAAAUCAAGCUCAAAGUGCCCCCUCCAAAGGGGCCACUCCACACUGUGUUCAACAAUGCGUCAUUCGCACAACCAGGUCCACCCGAUCACCUCUAUUAUCAGAAGGCUUUGCUACGGAAGUUCGACUUUGUGCUCGACUUUGAAGCCUGCUCUGCCUUCCCAGCAGACGUAGAGGUCUCUUACUCCUGGGGCAAGCCUGAUUAUCUAUAUCCACAAUUUAUCCACCGGAGCGGUAGUCUUCUCGCCCAGAUCACGGAUGAAGGCGACUUCCUCCUCCUUGCCAACCGACUCGUGAGCACUCGCAGCACCGCAAGUCGAUCGGAUUUCCGGGGGCGCACGGGUAAUCACGAUGGGAUUGAUCGUGAUCGCAUCUCGCCUCGACUGUCUCCGCUUACCCGGCCGGUUCACGACAUCGGUAGCCCAAUGACCUCAUCCACUUCCUCCAACAUCGACUCGGCCAACCUCUACCGCGCCCCCGAGCACAUUCUCAACGGUCUUCAGGAGUUCUGCAGCGAUGCUGCUCAGUUGGAACAAUUUUAUUCGGAAUCCCACGCCCGACCAAGAUCCACAAAGGUGGAGCCCUCCACCACGAACUUGAUGGAUGCCUCGAUUCCAUCUCUUGAGCUCCCUGCCAGUGUAGUCAGUCAUAUCUCGCCGCCGCCGGGUCUACCGUCACGAAUCACCCAUGAAACCCAAGGAUUGGUGUCGCCAGAACUCACGCGAGCCAGAGCUCGAGGGGAAAGUCUCAGCUACAAUGCGAGCCCCAGAAGCGGCAGCCUACGACCCUUGAUAUAA